UCGAACGUCAUAUAUUUUAUAUAUGUCACGAAAAUUGAUUGUAAAUAAGAUUUUACAUAAUUAAUCUGCAUUUUUAGAUAUUAUAGAUUACGUUUGAAAUCAAGUAUCCAGGCUUGUUCAAUAUGUUCGCUUUAAAACUGUUAUUUAUUUGCGUCGGCUGUAUUUUAAACUGUUGUGAUGUAACAGAGGGCGCUAAUUAUGAUAAUCUUCACAGAACAAACAGAAGUAGCAAUUUAACAAUCUGUGAACGACGUCAACACAAGAUAUCAAACCUAUCUCCCGCUGCUGGUUAUAUUGGUGCUUCUGUGGCAAUUCUCAUGUUUGGAAGUAAUUUUGUUCCUGUGAAGAAAAUAACCACAGGAGAUGGUGUUUUCUUUCAAUGGAUAGUUUGUCUAGGGAUUUGGAUAUUAGGAUUAUUUGUUCAUCUUUACAAUGGAGAUGAAAGGAAAUUUUUUCCUUUGGUAAUGGUUGGAGGAGUUAUCUGGUGUACUGGAAAUAUGUGUGUUGUUCCUGUUAUUAAAACGAUUGGUUUAGCAAUGGGGUUAUUAAUUUGGGGAACUCUUAAUCUAAUAGCAGGAUGGGCAACAGGCAGAUUUGGGACAUUUGGAUUAAUUUGUGAGCAACCAGUACAGCAUUCUGCAAUGAACUAUAUUGGAGUCAUGUUAGCAAUGAUAAGCCUUGGAAUGUUUAUUUUCAUCAAAAGUGAAGAUCCAACAGAGAAUAUUGCUUCUGCAAAUACAAGUUUCAGUAAUGGCCGUGGCGAUAAUAGCUUAGUUCAAGAUGACGACGAUGAGGAAAAUGUUUAUCUGCUUGCGGGCGUAAAGCAAGACAGCGACUCCUCUUGGGUUGAUAAUUUUUCGAAAAACCAGAAGCGAUUUAUUGGAAUAUUUCUGUCUGUUGUGUCAGGUAUUUUAUACGGCAUCAGUUUUGUUCCAGUGUAUAUUAUUCAGAAAAACAACGAAGAUGCUCCAGAUGAUGGAAUACAAUACGCGUUUUCUCAGUUUAGUGGCACUCUCCUAGCUAGCACGGUCUACUUUCUCAUAUAUUGUCUUUACAAAAGAAAUAAACCAGACAUAUAUUCUGAAGCUGUUGCGCCAGGAUUCUUGUCGGGAAUAUUAUGGGCAGUUGGAGAUGUUGGUUGGUUUGUUGCAAAUACCUAUUUAUCAGAGUCCGUCAGUUUUCCAAUUGUAACAACUGGACCAGGAAUUAUUGCUUCCAUAUGGGGAAUAUUUGUAUUUAGAGAAAUAACGGGAUGGAAAAAUUUUCUUCUUCUCGGGGUGGCAAUGUGCUUUGCAGUCAGUGGAUCGGUAGUGACUGGUUUCUCAAAAUGAACGCAAAAUAGGUUUUCAUACAAAGUUAUAAAUAUUAUAUUCGUGCAUUUAAAUAAUUUAAUAAUUUAAUAAAUGCAUCUAACAUGUAAUACAUUUAA